AUGGUUAACUCACCUACAUUAUCAGCUCUGUCGUAUAAUUCCGUCCUUGACUUCAAGAAAGUGAAUAAAGCAUCAAAUUGGAUUAUCCAAAAAUUCGGUGGUACUUCGGUAGGUAAAUUUCCUGAAAACAUCGUGGAUGAUAUAGCCAAAGUAUUCAGUCAGCAAAACAGAGUUGCAGUUGUCUGUUCUGCAAGAUCUUCGAACACAAAAAGCGAAGGUACCACGUCCAGAUUGAUCAAAUCAGCGGAUUUAGCAUUGGAGGACGGCGACUUCCAUGCAUUAUUAAAGGUUAUUGAAGAAGAUCACGUCGAAAAUGCUAAGAGUCGUAUCUCAGACACAAAAAUUCAAGAAGAAUUAAUUGAGAAUACAAUGAAAGAAUUAGAAAGAGCGAAUGAAUUGUUAAAGGCAUGCCAGGUGAUUGGUGAAAUAAGUGCCAGAACCUUAGAUUCGAUCAUGUCUGUUGGUGAAAAGCUUUCAUGUCUCUUUAUGGCUGCCUUGAUGAAUGACCGUGGCUUAAAGGCUACCUAUGUUGAUUUGUCAGACAUUAUUCCUUUGGAUUAUGACUUUACAAGUGGAUUUGAUGAGAAAUUUUAUAAAUUCUUAUCUUCUGAAUUAGGUAAGAAAGUAUUAUCUCUUGAUUCUGAUGUUGUUCCUGUUCUCACUGGCUAUUUCGGAGUUGUCCCUGGUGGAUUAUUGAACGGUGUAGGUAGGGGUUACACCGACUUAUGUGCGGCAUUGAUUGCUGUUGGCACUCAAGCCGAAGAAUUACAGAUUUGGAAAGAAGUCGAUGGUAUAUUUACUGCAGAUCCUAGAAAGGUACCAAACGCCAGAUUAUUGGAUAGUGUCACCCCAGAAGAGGCCGCUGAGCUUACCUAUUAUGGUUCUGAAGUCAUCCAUCCGUUUACCAUGGAACAAGUCAUCAAAGCGAAAAUUCCUAUCAGAAUUAAGAAUGUGAAAAACCCAUGGGGUUCAGGUACUAUUAUUUUCCCAGAUAAUUUGGGCAGAAGAGGAGAAGAAACUCCUCCACAUCCACCAGCAGCUUAUGAGACUUUGUCAAGUUCAUAUAUUGCUACACACAAAAAGAAAUCUGCAACUGCUAUUACAGCCAAGCAAGAUAUCGUAGUUAUUAACGUUCAUUCAAACAAAAAAACCUUAUCGCAUGGUUUUUUGGCUCACAUUUUCACCACCUUAGACAACUUCAAGCUAGUUGUUGAUUUAAUAUCGACUUCAGAAGUCCAUGUAUCAAUGGCUCUCCAAAUUCAACCUGAUCAAGAAUUACAUUUGAAAAAUGCUUUGAAAGAAUUACGCAAAAUGGGUACUGUUGAUGUUACAAGAGAAAUGACUAUAGUUUCGUUGGUCGGAAAACAAAUGGUUAACUUUAUUGGCAUUGCAGGUAAUAUGUUUAAAGUGCUAGCUGACGAAAGAAUUAAUAUCGAAAUGAUAUCCCAAGGUGCAAAUGAAAUAAAUAUUUCUGCAGUUAUCGAUGCAAAGGACACUUUAAGAGCGUUGCAAUCUAUUCAUGCUAAAUUACUAGAAGGCAGUUAUGACUUAUUAGGUAAGACAGAAAGUGCUGUCGAUACACGCUUAGAAGGCUUAAAAUUGCAAUGA